AUGUUUCUUUCAUUUAGUCUCUCAACAUUAUCCAUCACUCGUUUACUGAUUCAAUGUGGAGCCGAUGUAAAUCAAAUUUGUGAUCGUCAGAGAAAUCGACCAUUAUAUCUUAUUGCAAAAUGUUCAAAUAUUGCAAUAGCAAGUCCUAUUAUUGAAUUACUUUUCGCAUCGGGUGCCCAUCUUGAUACCAAUAAUCUUAUGAAUCGUUUGCCGCAGGAUAUAGCACGGACAUCUGAUAUUAGAAAAUUACUUUGUAGAAGUCAAAAACUCUCGUUCAAGUGUCGAUGUGCUCAAAUAAUUGCUUCAUCGAAGUUUUAUUAUUAA